UCAAAUUAAAAUGCUAUCAGUGGCACCGCAAGACAAUGACAUUGAAUUUCCGAGUCCGUUUUGUUAUUUUAUCAUUUAUUGAAUCGCAGAACAAAUAGGAAAUUUGUAGGCGUUUCAGAGGGAUGGUACCACGGUAUCAGUUGCAUCUACUGCAAUUAAACGAAACUACAAACAAUUUAUUUUGGUAGUUAUACUCGGUGCCCGGCGGAAAUAAUACAUGAGGCUACAUGGCUAUGCUGGCAGCUAAAUGAACAAGAAAAAGAAAAGCCACUUGAUGCUUGAAAAGAUUUUCCACCAUCCUUCUGAUAGUAUUAUUCAGUAUUCUUUAAUAUUCUAUUCCGUAUAUCUGUAACUAUGGCACUUACGGUGGAUUUUAGGACCCAUGUCGACCAGUCAUGCAGAUAUUCAGAAGAAUUUGUCAACAUUUAUUACGACUGUAUGGAUAAGAAAAGGAGGAACUUGACCCGACUCUAUCUGGACAAGGCGACCUUGGUGUGGAAUGGAAACGUGGUGACAGGGCAGGAUGCUCUGGGCGAGUUUUUUGAGUCGCUGCCUUCUAGCGAGUUCCAAGUUCACACUCUGGAUUGUCAACCAGUUCAUGAACAAGCAACCCAAGGCCAGACUACACUGCUUGUGGUGACUGGCGGAACAGUCAAAUUUGAAGGGAACAAACAGCGUUUCUUCAACCAGAACUUUCUGUUAACGGCUCAGGCGACACCCAACAAUGACCAGCCUGUUUGGAAGAUUGCUAGUGACUGUUUCAGAUUUCAAGACUGGAAUAGCUGAGGCUCUCCUGAUCUCCACUUUUUCCCUCUGAAAUGUGUUAACACUCAUUGGUGAUAGUCUUGAAAGUUAAGAUAAUGUUCAUUUCUGUUUUUGUAAUUAAAAAAAGAAGUCAUACAACACUGAA